GACAGAAAUUUUACUACGCACUAUUCAACCAAAAUUUACGAUCAAGGAAAUUUUUUGCGGCCUGAUUUUAAAGAUAUUGCCAGUCAGCAAUACGCUUAUGAUUCGGCACAGAUCGAUUUUGCUUCAUUUCUGAAAGCGAAUGGAUCGAAAUUCAAUCAGUGGGCAAACCGAAAUAAAAGUGUCGGAGUCGGCAGUACUAUUCACGUAAUGUCGCACUAUCCGGUGUACUUAUUCAACAAAUUAGAGUUCGAUGCUUAUUGGGAAUAUGAAUUCCCGUCGUUGAAUUAUACAUCACCUUUCCGUUUCACAACAUCGCGAAAAAUUGAUAUACCAAUGAUGGUAAGGACGGCAGAAUUUCCAUACUAUGAAGAUCAACAAAUUCAAAUGGUAUCGUUGCCGUUGAGAAAUUCUGAAAUGGAAAUGUUAAUCAUUUUACCAAAAAAGAUAUUCGGACUAGGAAAGUUUGAAGCAAAACUUACAGGAAGGAAACUAUUCAGUUACGUUGAAGAACUUAUCGUGUCAGGCAAUGUUACG